GCCGUCCCAGCUCCGCUCCCUCCCACGGGCUGCACAGCUGAAGACGCGGCUCUGGACAGGCUGGUUUGCUGCCAUGAUCCCUAGGCUACUCCCACUGCUCUGUCUCAGGCUGUGCGCUGGCCAAGGAAGCAGGGGGACUGACGAGCCCCUUCCCAAGCCCACCCUCAGGGCCUGGCCCAGCUGGGUGGUGCCGCCCAGAAGCAGUGUAAGGCUGCAGUGCCAGACCCCGACCAAGGAUGUCGACUUUGUUCUCAAAAAGGGUAAUGUUGUUUUGGACUUUUCACGAUCACCGGCUUCCAAGGAGGGCCUGGCUGAAUUUCACCUCACUGACCUAAGAACCAGCCACGCUGGAGACUACACCUGUGAGUGCUACAGACCAGGGGCCCCGGACAUCAGAUCACCCCCCAGUGAGGUCAUCCUGCUGCUGGUGACAGGAGGUCUCCCUAAACCUUCCCUGCAAGCCCACCAAAGGGGUGUGGUGACCGCAGGAGACGACGUGACCCUGCAGUGCCAGAGGCCAGACAAUACUUUCGGGCCCAUGAGGUUCGCCCUGAUGAAGGCGGGAGCGGCAGAGCCCAUCCGGCUCCGGACCCCAGCCGGCAAGGAGGCGGACUUCUCCCUGCAGAUUGUGACAGUCGGUGACGCCGGGAACUACAGCUGUGUCUACUUCCAGACCAGGACUCCUUUCUGGGCCUCACAGCCUAGCGAUCGUCUUGAGAUCCGGGUGAGAGUCCCCCCAGGUGCCAUAUCGAGGGACUACACCACGGGCAACCUCAUCCGCCUGGGUCUGGCUGCCCUAGUUGUGGUUAUUGUGGGCGCUCUCCUGCUGGAAGCCUGGUGCAGCCAGAAGGAGUCUCCACCUGGAUCCAUGUAGAACUGAGCACUUGUCUUGUUCACGGCUGGUCUGUACUACCCACAUGCCCCAGGGCUUCCCAGGGAAUGACGAGUGCAGAUGGAGAGACCUGCCGAUCCUUAACAGUCCUGUGGAACCUACAUUCUUAGCUCUAUGAAGAACUACUCAAGGACGAGGCUUACCUCUUGCCAUAGCUCUGCCUGGGUCAGAGCACAGAAUGGAUCUUAAAGACACACUCAAAAAAUUUGGAUGAUUUGAAAUAAAUACUUAAAACUUCAGAGUCUGGCUGGGUAGCACGUGCAGUUACCUCCAUAGGAACCGUGAUGCCAUUGAUAUUUAGGGAAAACACUGCUUCCUGCAUAUUAUCGACCCCCCUCCAUUCUCUAUUUUGUACUUCGGGACCAGCAAUUAGUCAAGUGUGAAACUUUCUUCA